UUUAUCUGCGCGCGCGGGCGGUGAGGGGUGGGGGGGGGGGAAGAAGAGGAGGAGGUGGUGGUGGACGACGCCGACGACGACGAGGUGCCGGGCCGACCGACCGCUGAGCGACUGUAUUUUCCACACCGGUUCGGAAGACGGCGGCAUUUUUGAUCACCGGAUGAGCAGAAGUGAAGCAGUUAACCGGGCUUGAAGAUGUCCGAGAGUUCCAGUGAUAGUGAAUCUUCCUGUGGUUGGACCAUUAUACACCAUGAAGGCUCUGAUGUGGAGGUGCUGGGUCCAGACAGAGGAGAGGCAGAAUGCUCAGGGCCUUUGGAGCAUCAACAGUUAGAUAAGCUCUUGGAAGCUGAAACUGAUCAUUCAGUAUCAGUCACAGAUGGUCCUGAUUCUUCAGUCACUUUGAAAGAAAGGGAAUCGCUCUUUGAGGUACCAAAAGAAAAAUCGGCUGAUGAUGGUGCUAUUGUUGGUGCUACCAGUGACGAUUCAGAUAUUGUUACCCUUGAGUCACCUCCUGUAGAAGAUUUGCAUGUCCAGGAAGAAACUGAAGUUGAAACUGAACAGGAUACAAACAAUGAAGAAUUGAAUCUUGGUUCCUCUUCCAGUAGCCAGUAUACCUUCACCCCAACUGAAACUGAAAAUAUGCUGGAGCAUCUUUGGAGGAUUCCAGAACAUGUAAAAGAAUUGGGUAAUCGUUUGAGAAAGCAUCUGUCAGGCAAUCUGACCUUUCCAGUUUCCUCAUUUGAACCGAGCAGAGAUGAAUCAAGCAGCGAUGAAACCAGUGAUCUGGCAAGCAAUGUGGCACGAAGACGCCGUACUAGAAAAAGAACAAUGUCUGCUUCGGAAACUGAGGAGAAACCCGAUGAGGAGGAGCCAGAGCAGCAGCAAAUUCAGGAGCAGCAUCGCCAUCGGUUCAAUACUACCCUGAAUAAAUGCAUUUUACUUGCACUGGUUAUAGCUUUCAGCAUGGGAUUUGGACACUUCUAUGGUACAUUUGAAGGAACUACCCAGAUACAGGAGCAACAGAAACUGACAAUGAAACUCCAUGAAGAUGAAAUAAACGAUGUUAGAGAUGAUCUCUUUCAGUGUCAGAAAGAGCAAGAUGCAAUUAUAGACAAGGAAACACCUGGGCAACUAGUAGAGGAAAAACAAGGCACAAUGCUUUCAGUGACGGAACUUAUGGAUAAAAUGACAAAAGAGAAUCAGCAACUCAGACGAAAGCAUACUGAGCUUCAGUCAUACAGAGAGAACUUGGCAAUGCGUUUGAAACAGACUGUGGAUGAGAAGCUAUCUGUUCAGUUUCAGCACCAAAACCUUGCUAAAGAGAAUCAGCGAAUGAAGCAAUCUCUGGAAAGGGAAGAAAAAGCUUUAUCCUCGCUGCAAAGUGAGCUUCGAAAACUGAGGGAACAGAUCAGAACAUUAGAGGGAAAACGUAUAGAUGCUGAAACAAUCAUCAAUGAGAACCAGAAACUAAAGGAUCAUUUGGAGGAGGACAAGCAACAAAUGCAGAGUUUCCUUCAACAGAAAGAGACUCUUGUAGGUGAAGCUCAGAUGUUAAGGAGGGAAUUAGAUAAAGAACGCCGAACUACUGAAGCUUUGCGGAAGGAACUAGAUUCUUUGAGCCAUCUUCAACAUGAAGAUGAUGAUGAUGAUACGGUACAACCAGAUCAAGAAGGUUUACAAACAAGACUGUCGGAGCUGGAGAAGAAAUUAGAUUUUGAGCAGCAGCGUUCUGACUUGUGGGAGCGUCUUUAUGUUGAAGCUAAAGAAGCAAAGGAAGAUGACCCUGAAGUUGAAUCUUUGAAAACGAAUACCAGAACAUCAAAGGAAGAAUUUGGUGGCAAAGGGGGCAAAAGGAGACAAUUCAAGGAAAAUGUCAUGAACUCGUUUAAAAAUAGUUUUGACGCUGUGAAAAACUCGACCAAAGAGUUUGUGCGACAUCAUAAGGAAAAAAUUAAACAGGCGAAAGAAGCUGUGAAAGAGAACCUUAAAAAGUUCUCUGAUUCCGUCAAAUCCACAUUCCGACGUUUCAAAGAUUCAGCGAAAAAUUUAUUUUCCAAAAAUAAAAGACGAGAAGAAUCAAGAGAUGCAAGGGCCAGGUAUCGUUUCCAGCAAUGUUCCAAUGGACGCUCGUGUAGUGCAGAUGAAUACAAACGUCAAGCCACUCACCAAGGUAAAAAUUCAGGUCAAUAUAAACACAAUGAGCAAUUCCACAAGAAUUCAGGGAAACCCCAUAAAAUGGAUCCUGAAGAGUCGCCUAGCUUUGCCAAACGUACAAGCGGUUUUGAUCAAUUUAGAAAACAUUCCUACCACCAGACUCCUAAAGGCUGCUCUAAUGUCUUUGAAUGUGCCCAUCAAGAAUCCCUUAAUCUCUUUAAUAAAGUUCUUGAUCCCAUCAAGGUUGAAGAGUUCCAGGACCUGCUACAUAAAUAUCUUCAACAGGAGGACGUCAACUUCCAACACUGGGGUGAACUGGAGAAAUUUAUAAACAAAUUUUUCCACAAUGGCCUCUUCAUACAUGACCAAAUGUUGUUCUCUGAUUUUGUCAAUGAUGUUGAGGAUUACCUGGAAGAUAUUGUUGAGUAUCAAGAAGGCAAAAAUGACCCUUUUGAUGACCUGGAUGAAUACAUCUAUCGUCAUUUUUUUGGUGACACUUAUUUUAAUCAGUUUGGACCAAGUCAACUUUUUAACACUCAUAAAUACAAGCAGUCAUCUAAGAAUGCUGAAGGCCCGAAACAUCAGAAACAUCAACGGAAAUAUCAACAACAGGCUUAUCACAAGGAACGGAAAUGGAAUAAGCCAAGACGUACCAAUGGAAGACAUAUGGCAAAUGUUGAAAUUGAGUUGGGUCCAAUGCCUUUUGAUCCAAAAUAUUGAUGGGUGUAAACUGCAUAAAUCUGUGCUUGAAUAUGAUCCUAUCUGAAUGCUGCUUUAUGAAACAUGCCUAAGAGUGAUGCCAUUUCAAAGAAAAAAACUAUAUGCAUCUUGUUUGAUUUCAAGUAUUGAGAGUAGAAUAUUUUCCCCUUUAGCAAAAAAACUGGCCAGAAACUUCCUAAGCCAUUUGUUGUGUUGUAAGUGUGUUACGUUAUACCAAAGUAGUUUGGUAUUAAGAGUUUUAAAAUUGCAGGGUCUUUAGUGUAUUCGCUAAGUCUUUGCAUGCAAUGGUGUACAUGCAUGAGAAUGCAAAUCUCUUCCCUUCAGCAAGUUUGUAAUUUGCUAUCAUGUGAAUUUAAAUUUCAUGAGGUGUAAAUUAUUAAGAAUAUUUGGUGUGCUAAAUUUUGCACUAUUUGAAGGUUGUAAUUUUAUUCUAUGGUGAAGAUUAGCCCAGUUCUUUUAGUUUCCCCUACUUUUGUGUAUGCUUUUGUACAGAUCUAUUCACCUGUGUUAAAUUUGUGUUGGGUAUAGAGAUGCUUUAUGUUUUUAAUUUGAAUUCAACUUGGUUGCACCUUUUUCCGUUUAGCAAAUAAAGUGAACACAUGUAGGCAACUGAUGAUAAAAUGGAAAAUUUCAUUGAUAAAAAUAAUAAAGGCGCUGGCUUAUUUCAAA